GGCGGCGGCAGCGGCUGCGGAGGAAGUUUCCGCUUUGCCUCCACCCCGGUAGCAGCUUCGCGGCCGGGGACAGCUUCCUCCGGACGCUCCGCGAGCUUUGCUGCCGCCGCACGUCUGUCACAGGACCAUGGGGUUGCCCAAGGGGCCGGAGGGCCAGGGUCUCCCGGAGGUAGAAACAAGAGAAGAUGAAGAACAAAAUGUCAAGCUGACUGAAAUUCUGGAGCUUUUGGUUGCAGCUGGGUAUUUCAGGGCAAGAAUUAAAGGCUUAUCACCUUUUGACAAGGUAGUAGGAGGAAUGACUUGGUGCAUUACCACUUGCAGCUUUGACAUAGACGUUGAUUUGCUUUUUCAGGAAAACUCCACAAUAGGACAAAAAAUAGCACUAUCAGAAAAAAUUGUCUCAGUCCUGCCAAGGAUGAAGUGUCCACACCAGCUGGAGCCCCACCAGAUCCAGGGCAUGGAUUUUAUUCACAUAUUUCCUGUUGUCCAGUGGCUGGUGAAGCGAGCUAUAGAAACAAAGGAAGAGAUGGGUGACUACAUCCGCUCCUACUCCAUAUCCCAGUUCCAGAAAACCUACAGUCUCCCUGAGGAUGAUGACUUCAUAAAGAGAAAAGAAAAGGCCAUCAAGACAGUUGUCGACCUUGCAGAUGUUUACAAGCCCCGUCGGAAAUACAAACGCCAACAGGGAGCAGAAGAGCUGCUCGAUGAAGAAUCUCGAGUCCAUGCCACGCUUUUGGAAUAUGGCAGGAGAUACGGAUUUAGCCGCCAGAGCAAAACAGAGAAGAAAAGCCGAGGUCAGAAAGCUGUGAGGCUCAAAGAGGCUCCGGGAUUUGUCCAAGAUCACGCCGAGGACAAGAAGACGACACUUUCCGCAGGGCUCUCGGCUGCGGAAAAAGCUGAUGCCCAUGAGGAAGAUGAGCUUCAAGCUGCUGAAGAGCAACGUAUUCAGUCGUUGAUGACCAAGAUGACUGCCAUGGCGAAUGAGGAGAGCCGCCUCACCGCCAGCUCGGUGGGCCAAAUCGUGGGACUCUGCUCCGCUGAGAUCAAGCAGAUUGUGUCCGAGUAUGCAGAGAAGCAGUCUGAGCUGUCAGCUGAAGAAAGUCCAGAAAAAUUAGGAACCUCCCAACUUCAUCAUCGAAAAGUCAUCUCCUUGAACAAGCAGAUUCUGCAGAAGACCAAACAUCUGGAAGAGCUGCAGGCAAGUCAUACCAGCCUACAAGCCAGAUACGAUGAAACAAAGCAAACGCUGACAGAGCUGAAGCAUCACAGUGAGAAGCUGGACAAAGAGCAAGCAGCCCUGGAGAAAAUAGAAUCCAAAGCAGAUCCCAGUAUCCUGCAGAACUUGAGAGCACUUGUAGCCAUGAAUGAAAAUCUGAAAAGUCAGGAACAAGAGUUUAAAGCACAUUGUCGAGAGGAGAUGACACGGCUCCAGCAGGAAAUUGAAAACCUGAAAGCCGAAAGAGUACCAGGCGGAGAGGAGAAGAGCCUGUCUGCUGGAGAGCCACAUGGUGCCCUAACCCCUGGGAUGACUCAUAAUGAAGACCUAGACAGACGGUAUAACAUGGAGAAAGAGAAACUUUACAAGAUCCGUUUACUACAGGCUCGAAGAAAUCGAGAAAUAGCAAUUUUGCAUCGCAAGAUUGAUGAAGUACCCAGCCGAGCUGAGCUAAUACAGUAUCAGAAGAGAUUUAUUGAACUCUACCGCCAGAUUUCCGCAGUGCACAAAGAAACCAAGCAGUUCUUCACUUUAUAUAAUACCCUGGAUGAUAAAAAGGUUUAUUUGGAAAAAGAGAUCAGCCUGCUGAACUCCAUUCAUGAGAACUUCUCACAAGCCAUGGCCUCCCCUACUGCCCGGGACCAGUUUUUACGUCAGAUGGAACAGAUCGUAGAAGGAAUUAAGCAGAGCAGAAUGAAGAUGGAAAAGAAGAAGCAAGAGAACAAGAUGAGAAGAGACCAGUUGAACGACCAGUACUUGGAACUGUUAGAAAAGCAGAGGCUGUACUUUAAGACCGUGAAGGAGUUCAAGGAGGAGGGCCGCAAGAAUGAGGUGCUGCUGUCCAAGGUAAAAGCCAAGGCCUCCUGAAAGUUCCCAGACAUCAUCGUAUGUCACUGAUUUUUUUUUUCCUUUAACGCCAUGUAUCAACUGCGAGAUGGUGAAAUGGUUCUGAACACUACAGUAGAGAGAUGCAGGGGUCAUAAUCUCAGCACCCGGAUAUUUUCUUUCUCCCAUUUGCUUCCAUUUCAUCUCUCUGUUGUUGAUGGAAUCAGACGGUGUAAACAUGAUGGCUUGGAUAACACCCGUCAUCCUAUGAGGAAAUGCGGGCAGUAUUUGUUCUGCAUCAGGUCAGCUUCAAUUUCUCCAGUAACAUUGCACACAUAAACAUACCUGUAUUUGUAUGGACUCUCUGAAUAAAAAGGAAUUCAUUUGUUCAGCAAAUGUUAAUUGAGCAACCAGUGAGAAGUAAGCACUGGGGGAGACGGAAGUAUAAAACACAGGCCCUGCACCUCGGGCAGCCAGCAAGUGGCCCGCGGCAGGGCAGAAAUAGCCCACUGGACCCCAGAGCUUGGUCACCUGAGAUUUUUUUUUUUUUU